AAUCCCACGCAAUUCUCUCACUCUCGCGCGCGCGAGGGUUUGAAAAUGUCGAAUUUGAAUUCCAGUUACAGAUAUCCAACUCCUCAAAUCCCAUCAAACUCAGUAAAUGCAGGUAGCAGUGCUGGAGUUUGUAUGAUGAACACCAAAUGGAGAGACGAACAACACCCGUCUUUCAUGAACUUCAUCGCAUCCUUCCUAAGUGCAAAUUCUUUCCGCCUUAACUUUGUUCCAAUUGCGCCAGACUGCAUUUUUAACUGUGGGGGUUUGUCUGUGGCUUUUAUCUUUGUGACCAAUUGGGAUUGUCAAAACUGUGAGGCAAUCUUCAGCAGAGUUAAGAAGCUGAAGGGGCAGUUUGCAAAUCUUUAUGUUGUUGUCUCCCUCCCUAUCAAGGAGCAAAAUGACUCCUUUGUUCACUCUUACUUCAAAUAUGGAAUGGAGCUUGGCAAGCCAACAUUUGUGCCAGUUCAAGACUUGGAGAUGGGAUUUGAAAAGAUUGUUAAGAUAGCUCAUUCUCGUGGGACAUGCAAGCGGCAGGAUGCCCUGUCAAAAUUGAAAGCUGAGAGGAAGCAAUCCGUGCAAGGGAUGGGCAAUUUUCUUAGAGUGGUGACAUCCAUACCGGGCAUUGAUAACCAUGACGCAAAUGCUCUCAAUCAGGCUAUUGGUUCGAUUGAAGCGAUUGCCAAGGCAUCCAAGGGAUAUAUUCUAGAGAACACAGAUCUUUCAUCUGACAACGCCGAGACGGUUACUAAGUUCUUCAGAGAUCCAAAAUUUUACCUUUGUCCAAAAAUCAAUUGAUAGAAGAAUCAGUUUUUAACUCGAACAAGCUCUAGAGUUAGUAAUUUUCACCUUUAGCAUCCGAUUUCCUUGGAUCAGUAAACUUUGACCAAAAAGAUAAAAUACUAUUGCAUAUACGAUAAGGCUAUAAAAAUCAAGUAGUUCAAUUGAGAUCAUUGAUAGAUAGAAAAGUGAAAGCUUGCUGAUGUUCGACCAUGGUUUAUUAAGAGUCUGCAGCAUUUUAUUGCUUUGAGUGAAUAUGAAUGAUCUUGCUGUUGCUGAAUGAAUCAAUGCAUGGAGAUUCCUCUA